ACUUCACACCUGCUUGCUUGGUCAAGUGUAGGUGUCCUGUAUAUGUGUGUGUGUUGCAUUGUGGGAGCUGCAGUUCGUCUCCACCCUGCUGUUGCUGUGUGUCAUCGGUGUGGAUUGGAGUGAGGCGAGGAUUCUUCAAGAGCGCGGAUGGGACGUUGGUGACUCAGCAUGCUGCUGGAUGUGUAAGAAGAAAGAUGGGCUCUGUGCUGUCACUGUGUGGUGUGAAGAAAAAAAAAGAAAACGUCCAGGAGGACCGGCACCUGCGAGCAAACGACAGAGAGUUUAAUCUCUCCUUCAAAUAUGCUAACAACGCUAUCAGAACCUCUAAAUACAACGUCUUCACCUUCCUGCCGCUCAAUCUGUUCGAGCAGUUCCAGCGUCUGGCCAACGCCUACUUCGUCUUUCUGCUCAUCUUACAGUUGAUCCCGGCGAUCUCGUCCCUGUCUUGGUUCACUACGGUGGUUCCGCUGCUCCUGGUGCUGAGCAUCACGCUGGCCAAAGACGGAUCAGACGACAUUAACAGACACAAAAAUGAUAGACAUGUAAACAACCGCAAGGUCGACGUCCUCAUCGAAGGACAACUGAGGACUGAAAAAUGGAUGAAUGUUCAAGUGGGUGACAUCAUUAAGCUGGAGAACAACCAGUUUGUCACGGCUGAUCUCCUGUUACUGUCCAGCAGUGAGCCUCUGAACCUCGUCUACAUCGAGACAGCUGAACUGGACGGUGAGACCAAUUUAAAGGUGAAACAGGCUCUGACAGUCACAGGAGACAUGGGAGAUAACAUUGACAGCCUGGCAGCUUUUAAUGGUGAAGUGCGCUGUGAGGCUCCCAACAACCGUUUGGAUAAGUUUACAGGAACGCUGUCCGUGAAGGGAGAAACGUUCGCUCUGGAUAAUGAGAGGAUCCUGCUCCGAGGCUGCACCUUACGCAACACAGAAUGGUGUUUUGGCCUUGUGGUGUUCGGAGGUCCUGACACCAAGCUGAUGCAGAACUCUGGAAAAUCGAUGUUCAAGCGGACGAGCAUCGAUCACCUGAUGAACGUCUUGGUCCUGUUUAUUUUUGGUUUCUUGGGGUUCAUGUGCACCGUUUUGGCUAUCGGGAACUCGAUCUGGGAGCAUCAGGAGGGCACGACCUUUAUAGCCUUCCUCCCUCGGCAGGACGGCGCUGACGCCAACUUGUCCAGUUUCUUGACCUUCUGGUCCUACGUUAUCAUCCUCAACACAGUGGUGCCCAUUUCACUCUACGUAAGCGUGGAGAUCCUUCGCCUCGGAAACAGCUACUACAUUGACUGGGACAGGAAGAUGUACUAUGCUAAAAGCGAUACUCCAGCCCAGGCCAGAACCACAACACUAAAUGAAGAGCUGGGGCAAAUCAAAUACAUUUUCUCUGACAAGACGGGGACCUUAACCCAGAACAUCAUGACCUUCAAUCGGUGCUCCAUCAACGGGAAGUCAUACGGUGAAGUUGUGGAUUUUGCUGGACAGAGGGUAGAGAUCACGGAGAAAACAGAGACAGUGGACUUCUUAUGGAACCCACUAGCCGACCCAAAGUUCUCUUUCCAUGACCAUGCCCUUGUGGAGGCUGUGAAGCUCGGAACUCCUGAGGUUCAGGCCUUCUUCAGGUUACUGGCACUGUGUCACACUGUCAUGCCAGAGGAGAAGACUGAAGGUCAGCUUUACUACCAGGCUCAGUCUCCUGAUGAAGGAGCUCUGGUGACUGCUGCGAGGAACUUUGGCUACGUGUUUCGCACUCGCACCCCUGAAACCAUCUCAGUGGUGGAGAUGGGGAUCAACACCACGUACCAGCUGCUGGCCGUGUUGGACUUCAACAACGUCCGCAAGAGGAUGUCUGUAAUCGUGAAAAGUCCAAGCGGAAGGCUCACUCUGUACUGUAAGGGGGCGGAUACCAUCAUCUAUGAGAGACUUCAUCCGUCCUGCUCCAAACUAAUGGAUGCCACGACGCAGCACCUCAAUGAGUAUGCCGGUGAAGGUUUGCGUACUCUGGUGCUAGCCUAUAAGGACUUGGAUGAAACUGAAUUUGCCGUUUGGAGAAAGCGCCACCACGAGGCCAGCACUGCACUGGAGGACCGCGAGGAGAAACUGGAUGCUAUAUAUGAGGAGAUUGAGAAGGACCUGAUGUUGAUCGGGGCGACUGCAGUGGAGGAUAAACUGCAGGAUGGAGUUCCUCAGACCAUCGAGCAGCUCUCUAAAGCUGACAUCAAGAUCUGGGUGCUAACAGGAGACAAGCAGGAGACGGCAGAGAACAUCGGAUACUCCUGCAACAUGUUGCGUGAGGAGAUGAAUGAGGUGUUCGUCAUCGCAGCUAACACGCUCGAGGAGGUGCGGGAGGAGCUAGUGAAUGCCAGGAAAAAGAUGUCUCCGGGUUCCCCAGAUGAGGCGUCCUACCUGAAGACUGGGAUUAUGGGUAAAAAGAGUCAGGUGGUGCUGGAUGAGAAGGUGGACGGAGAGUACGGUCUUGUCAUAAAUGGACACAGCCUGGCGUUUGGUUUGCAGAAGGACCUGCAGGUGGAGCUGUUGCGCACGGCGUGUAUGUGUCAGGCAGUGAUCUGCUGCAGGGUCACCCCACUGCAGAAAGCUCAGGUGGUGGAACUGGUCAAGAAGCACAAGAAGGCCGUGACCCUGGCCAUCGGAGACGGAGCCAACGACGUCAGCAUGAUCAAAGCGGCUCAUAUCGGCGUGGGGAUCAGUGGGCAGGAGGGCAUGCAGGCAGUUCUGUCCAGUGAUUUCUCUUUUGCUCAGUUCCGGUACCUGCAGCGCCUCCUGCUGGUCCAUGGACGCUGGUCGUAUCUGCGAAUGUGCAAGUUUCUGCGCUACUUCUUUUACAAGAACUUCAGCUUCACCUUCGUGCACUUCUGGUACGCCUUCUUCUGCGGCUUUUCUGCCCAGACGGUGUAUGAUGAGUGGUUUAUUACACUUUAUAACCUGGUGUACACAGCCUUACCCGUCAUCGGCAUGAGCCUCUUCGAUCAGGAUGUUAACGACCGCUGGAGCCUCCGCUAUCCUCAGCUGUACGCACCGGGGCAGCAGAACAUGUACUUCAGUAUGAAGGCGUUUUUUAAGAUCCUGCUCCACAGCUGCUACAGCUCUCUCGUGCUCUUCUUCGUGCCGUACGCCGCCAUGUACGACACGGUGCGAGACGACGGCAAAGACAUCGCCGACUACCAGUCGUUCGCUCUUCUCGCCCAGACCUGUCUGCUCUUUGCUGUCAACGUGCAUCUGGGUUUGGACACGUACUACUGGACGGCGGUGAAUCAGUUCUUCCUCUGGGGAAGUCUGUCUGUGUACUUUGCCGUCACCUUCACCAUGUACAGCAACGGCAUGUUCCUCAUCUUCACCUCAUCCUUCCCUUUUAUCGGCACUGCAAGGAAUUCCCUGAACCAGCCCAAUGUUUGGCUCACCAUCUUCCUCACCACCAUCCUGUGCACGCUGCCCGUAAUGGCGUUCCGAUUCCUGUUCAUUCAGCUCCGCCCGACCAUCAACGACAAGGUGCGCUACAAAGUCAAACAAGACAAAGCCGUGCUUCCUCCUCCCACUCGCCGGUUCCCAAAGCGACGCAUCAGCACCCGUCGCUCCGGUUACGCUUUCUCGCACGCCCGCGGUUACGGCGACCUCGUGACCUCGGGCGGUUUCCUGCGCCGGCCCUUGAAGAGCCGUGCCGCGCUCUUCCCUUUAGCGGAGUCCCCUGUAGCGGAGAGUUCUCCACAAACAUAUCGCAACAUCACACCCUCCUAACACACCUCGUCCAACACCAGGGGGCGCUCCCACAAACUGUUUGUUUUGGGUUGUUGAAAAAGAUUCGCGAAAAAUAGUUAAGAAACAGAACAGUUCGCUGUACGUCUAAACGUUUACAAGAAAAGAAGCGAUGUACGCUCUGAGCACAUUCGUAAUAUCUAUUUCAGGUGUGUAAACUAAAUAUAUAUAAUGACUUCUUAUGACAAUUUAUUAGAAACAAUGUGUUUUUACAUAUGACAGAUGUUCAAGUCAAAGCAGGACUUCUGAUUGUGCAGAACAGAGAGUUAAAACUCCUUUAUUUCUCUAUACAAUCCCUUGUUACACUAAUGCUAAUACCCGUGUUUCACUAACGCUUGGAUACCAUCAAGAUAAAAAGUUUUCUCAGAAUACCGCGGCCACGAUCCGACUGCCUGCUUCAUAUCUGAAACACUGGCCUCCCAGGAACUCCUUUAAUGGCUUAUUCAUUUAAAACAAACGUGGCCUGGUUUGAUCACCAAAAGUGUUUAGUUUUUGCAGGACAAUGCAUGACUCCAUACUGCCCAACCCAGAAGUCCUGGUUUGACUUGAACACAUUAUAAACAAAUUAAAAUUUGCAUCUUUGCAUCCUUUAGUUAGGGCAACUUCUAGGAACUUUACUUUCUACACUGUUGUAGAGUAAAGAAAAGCCUUUAAAUUUUAAAACAGUUGUUCCUUUGUGCCUUUAUAAAAACUCUUCUCAAGAUGUUUCAGGGGAAAUGAGCGACCAAAAAAAAGUGUUGUGAUGGUGUGAAUUAAAGCUGUAAAAUUAAUUCAGAGAGAAAUUUCACAACUUGGCAAACUCUGGUAUAAAGCUAUUAAAUUUCAGCGACUAAUGCCUUCCAAGCGGUGCGACAGAACAGUUGGGAUCUCUAAAAUAUCACAGCCAUUAAUAUCCAGGAGUCCAAAAGGGCAAAACUGGCCAUGUCCUCUGGGUGUGAGCAAAGGUGUCAUGUGUCUCCAAUUUCAAUCACAGCAACACCACCUAGUUAUGAGUGUAUGCAACUGUACAGUAGAAGAGUUAUAGCUGCUAUUCAGUGUGCAUCUCACUGUUGAUGAGACUACAUCAGGUCUUCCUGUCUGAGGUUAACUGUGCAUGGUUUGCAUCAUUUGAGUGUACACUACACACCUGGAAUUGAACUUUUGACGGUGUACUGUUUGCAUUUUUUUGUGUGGGUGAAUUUGAUAACUAAUGCAUUGUACGCACGGGUUUAGAGACGCAUUUUAGAAAAGCUUCACAAGCACAAUUAGUGGACCAAGACAAAUAAAUAUUCCCCAGUUAAGCAUCUCCAUGUUGUAAAAAAAUAUGCAAAUGAAAUCUUUAAUUUUAUAUAACGUUCUACAUUUUUAGUCAAAUGCUGAUUCAGAUGCUGAUCCAGGAUUUGUUUAUCGUAUUUAGAAAGAAAUGUUUGACAUAAAAUGUAUUGAAUACUUAUUUAAUAACCAAAGUUUCUUUUAUGGUUGAACCAAGCCUUUGAUUCUUGCCUUUUGAUUAUUGGGUUAACGUUGAUGCGCUAGUGUCCUGCAGAGGUGGAAAGUGAAAAUCUCUAGGUUAGUACUUUUGUAUUUUUUCUCAAGUAGAAAUGUAAAUGCAGGAUUUCUACUUUCACUUGAGUAAAAUUCUAUAGAGGAUUCCGCUACACUUACUCAAGCGCAGGAUUUAUGUUCUUUGUCCACCACUAUUGUCCUGUCUCAGGUAUGAUUAUGGCAGGUGAAAUGUUAAAACCUGUGGCGUUUAAGGCCCGUAGUCUCACCCCAUCUCUGCAGCUAUGAACAUUUGAUAAGAUAAAAUAAAACUACACCUAUGUGGAAUGUUUUUUGUUUUUUUUAAUUACCAUCAGUGAGGGUUGUCAUAUUUGUGUUUUAGUCUUUA